GAGGGAGAUCUACCUUGCACGUACGGAGGGAUGGAUAGGGCAUGGAUGGACACCAUUCUGAACUCGACAUUACUGGCAUAAUCAUUCUAUAAGGAGCUUUCUCGUCUAUCCAUGAAACAGGCAGGAUCCAGACAAAGCUAAAAGCGAGGUGCAGUGAAAUUGCUGCCGUCUGCUUGUAUGACCCAUGCCAAAGAUUCCCCUCCUCCACCUCUCUCUUUCUUUCGAUCUGCUUUCUAGUAUACCAUCUUCUCCAAAUCCACUGUGAACCACCAGUGAAGACGGCACUGAAGAGUGACUGCUCUGCUCUGCCAUUGCCCGACCUUGCUGCUCAGCAGCCAGCUAUCCCUCCAUGGGGUUGCGGAGAGGCAUUGCCAUUAUCCUGCUCUUCUUGAUUUGGAGAGAGGGGGAAGCGGCGACGUUCACGUUCGUGAACCGGUGCGGGGAGACGGUGUGGCCGGGCGUCCUGUCCAACGCCGGCACGGCACGGCUAGGCACCACGGGGUUCGAGCUCCCGCCGGGCGCCUCGCUCGCCGUGCCGGCCCCGUCGUCCUGGUCCGGCCGCCUCUGGGCGCGCACCGGCUGCGCCCAUGACCCCGCCACGGGGCGCCUCGUGUGCGCCACGGGGGACUGCGGCUCCGGCACGGCCGAGUGCGCGGGCGCCGGCGCGGCGCCCCCCGCCACGCUGGCCGAGUUCACGCUCGGCGGGGGCGGCGCCGGGCUGGACUUCUACGACGUCAGCCUCGUGGACGGGUACAACCUGCCCGUGCUGGUGCAGCCGUCCGCCGGCUCGUGCGCGGCGGCCGGGUGCGCCGCGGACCUGAACGCGAUGUGCCCGCUCGAGCUCCGGUCCGGCGGCGGCGCCGCGUGCCGGAGCGCGUGCGACGCGUUCGGGCGGGAGGAGUUCUGCUGCAGCGGAGCGCACGCCAGCCCGGCCACCUGCGGGCCGACCUCAUACUCGCAGGUCUUCAAGAUGGCCUGCCCGCGCUCCUACAGCUACGCCUUCGACGACCCAACCUCCACUUUCACCUGCGCCGGCGGCCCCGAUUACACCGUCACAUUCUGCCCUGCCGGUGCAACACCGAGCCAGAAAUCAACGGCGGUGCCCGGCGCGACGGCCACCACGCCGACAACGGUUCCAGGAACAGCAACUCCGACGACGACGCCUGGUGCGGCCGCCACGACGCCAACGACGGUGCCUGGCACAGAGAUGCCGGCUAUGAUGCCGGGCAUGACAUUCACGGACGCCAUCCCUGGCAGCACGCCGAUGCCGAUGGGCGGCGAGGCCAGCAUCGGUGGCAGCAUCCAAGGGCAGGGCGUGUUCCUAGGCAGUAGAAGAGACGACUCCUGGCUCGCCAACAUGGCCACCGGCGACGUUACGGCCGGAGGAGCAGCAGCGGUGGCGGCAGCCUCGGUGCAGUUAGGUGCGGCGCCAUUGGCGUUGCUCCUGCUCCAACUGCUGCAGCGGUAGUGCUGGGCCGGCAUUGAUCGAUCUAUGCAAUGUAGCAUUCGUUUGCAGGUUAAGAAGAACUUUUGUUUUUUGAACUGUUGUAGGUUAAGAAGAAUUGAGUGAAAGAAAGAGAUUGGUUGUACUCCAUUGUAACAUUUCGAUUGUAACAUAUUAUUGUAGGUUCAGAUUUGUAGACACCGAUCACCAUUCCAACAUUGCUAAUUCCACAUAUACGGGCUUGGGUCUA